AUGGGGUUUUAUAUAGGUUAUUGGGGUGGCCAGGUCAAGUGGGAGAUGCGUUAUCCUUAAAAUCUUUACAAUUGCUGACGAGUACCUCGAUUUGAUUUAUUGAUUUGCAGAUUAUCUGUCUGAAAAGACAGACAGACAGACACUGGCGCCAUGUUUGAGAAUCUGUGCACACUCCCGCUGAGCGCUGAGCUCUUCACCCAAGCUCUGCAUCCUACCGAGCCUCUUCUCGGAGUCGGGCUUGCGACUGGUCACGUACAGUGUUUCCGUCUUCCCACCACAGAAAAAUCGGACGAGGAUGAUGCAGAUACGAGCAUUCUCUCCGACGGGAAGGGCAUGAUUGACACGGCUUGGCGAACCCGGAGACACAAGGGAAGCUGUCGUUCACUAGUCUUUAACCAUGAUGGUUCUUCUCUCUACUCGGCAGGCACCGACUCUCUCAUCAAGCACUUCUCUCCCGCCACCGGCCAAGUCAUUUCCAAGAUAGCCGUGCCAACUACGAAGUCCAUCCCCGACUCUCCCACUCUUCUCUCCGCCUUAUCCCCACAAACCCUCCUCCUCGCAUGCGACUCCGGAGUUCUGCACCUUUUAGACUUGCGCGACGGUGCCCUGGCUGCCUCGAAGCCCCAGCAAAGCCACUUCCCCCACGACGACUUCGUCUCCAGCCUUACCCCGCUUCCUCCCUCGGCGGAAAGCACCAGCGGCUUCAGUAAGCAAUGGAUCUCGACUGGUGGGACCACCCUGGCAGUUACCGAUCUCCGUCGCGGCGUGCUUGUGCGCAGCGAAGAUCAAGAGGACGAAUUACUUUGCUCCACCUUCAUCGCGGGUAUGGGACCUAAGAAGAACAGAGAUAACGGCGUCGUGGCGGUCGGGACGGGAUCCGGCGUCUUGACUUUGUGGGAUAAGGGUGCUUGGGAUGACCAAUUCGAUCGGGUUAUCGUGGACUCAGCCAGAGGAGGCGGCGAGAGUCUCGACUGCAUUGUCCAGAUCCCCGAGGAUCUCACUCGAGACAAAAAGGUGGCAGUUGGUCUGGGCGACGGAGGCUUGCGCAUUGUCAACUUGACCAAGCGAGAAGUAGAAACCUCGUUACGACACGACGAUCUCGAGGCUGUAGUAGCCCUUGGAUUCGAUUGUCAAGGCCGUAUGAUAAGUGGCGGCGGCCAGACAGUCAAAGUCUGGGAGGAGUCAGCAGCGUCUGGAUCAAACGACGACGAUAGCGACGAAGACAUUGAUGACGACAGUGAUGAUGAUGAUGAUGAUGAUGAUGAUGAUGACGACGACGACUCGGACGCAUCAAGUGACGCCGGAAAGAGCAAUGGUAAGCGUCAGGCGAAAAAGGGCUUGGACUCGGACGAUUCAGAUAGUGACGAUGAGGGAAGACGAAAGAAGAAGCGGAAGAAGGGUAAAGGCGGAAAGGUCGAUCUCGGCCCGCACGGUGCUCACGGAAUCCUCAAAUUCAAGGGCUUGGAUUAAGACACGUGUAUUCAAAAGGAAUCAUCGGAUGGUGGGGGAUUGGGGUUAUAUUUCUUCUCUCUUCAUGAUACCCAGCUUACCAUAGUAGCUAAACAAUGAAAAAAAGGAACGUAACUAGGUUAUUCUAUGUAUACAUAUAAGCCGCAAUUUAUGAUUUAGUCGUUUUGACAAUUCGAACGGUUUCCCCUUGCA